AUGCAACCAUUCCAAAAUAUCAAAGUCUUAGUCCUUCCAUUUCAUAGCUGGGAUUGGAGAGGUAAUCGUGCGGAAAACGUUGAAUUUUAUCCUCGAGAAUUUCUUAUGCGUUUGACUGCUUUGGAUUUUGGGGAGGUUACUGUUGAGUUUGGAACUCUCAGAUUUAGUGCCUUACAAUUACCAAACUUGGAAUAUUUGGUCCUUCAAGUAACCAGAAUUGUGAAUGCUAAUCAAUUCUUCAAUCAAGUUGUUGGUUUGCCUUCUCUGCGUUCUUUGACUUUUAAACUCAAAGGAAGUACUUAUAGUGAUACAACGCAUUGGAUGGUCAAAGAUAGACAAUUAUAUGAUUCUAUGAUGUCUAUGGCACAAAGAGGAAUUAUUGAAUAUUUGCACGUCUCUUGGCCGUUAAAUACUUCUCUUGCUGUGGAAUUUGUUAAGAAUUGUUCGAAAUUACGUGCACUUUUCUUUGGAAUUCGAAAUAUGAAACAUCGUGACUCGGAAGAAGAAUUUGAGUGGAAAAGUUUCAUUAAAUCCCUUGAUGAAUUGAAAAAAGGAUUAUCACCAAAAGAAGAUUUUCAAAAAAUAAAAAUGUUCAGAAAUGUUUUUGGUGAAUGGGCUGGAACGAGUCCAUGGAAUCAAGAUUUUAAAUUGGUUCCAGUUAAACAUCCGUGGAUUGAAUGUCUUGGUAAAGCUAUACCUUCACAUGUAUUGGGAGAAGUUUGUCUGAAGGAAUUGGGAGAAAAUGUUGAUGUGACAACUGAAUUAUUCAAAUUCCCGCCAAGAGUGCAGGUGCCUGAGAAGAUUAUUGAGGAUUAG